AUGAGCGAAAUUCAUACAAUUUUUGUCACUUUCUUGGUUUAUUUUAUUUUAAAGAACUUCAAGGAAGAUAUAGGUUUCUGCGGUAAAAUGGUGAAGGGCAAGCAGGACCGAAAGACUCGCAACGCCAUCAAUGAGAUCGUCACCCGGGAGUACACGAUCCACAUGCAUAAGAGGAUCAAGGGAGUUGGAUCUAAGAAACGUGCUCCUCGAGCGAUUGAUGAGAUUCGUAAGUUCGCCAAGCAGCAGAUGAACACUGAGGAUGUUCGUGUUGACACAAGGUUGAACAAAUUCGUAUGGUCAAAGGGAAUCAAAAACGUACCGUUCCGUAUUCGCGUCCGUUUGUCGAGACGCCGCAACGAGGAUGAAGACUCUGUACACAAACUGUACACCUUGUGCACAUUCGUUCCCUGCACCAACUUCAAGGGACUCACCAACGUUAACGUUGACAGUGAAGACCCUGAUACAGUUCCAGUUGUAUAG